AUGAGAGGGUCAAAUGAACUGUGCCUUCAGUUGAAUGGACCCGGACAGACUGGAGAGUUGAAUGGACAGACUGGAGAGUUGAAUGGACCCGGACAGACUGGAGAGUUGAAUGGACAGACUGGAGGGUUGAAUGGACCCGGACAGACUGGAGAGUUGAAUGGACCCGGACAGACUGGAGAGUUGAAUGGACCCGGACAGACUGGAGAGUUGAAUGGACCCGGACAGACUGGAGGGUUGAAUGGACCCGGACAGACUGGAGAGUUGAAUGGACUGACUGGAGAGUUGAAUGGACCCGGACAGACUGGAGAGUUGAAUGGACAGACUGGAGAGUUGAAUGGACAGACUGGAGAGUUGAAUGGACCCGGACAGACUGGAGAGUUGAAUGGACAGACUGGAGGGUUGAAUGGACCCGGACAGACUGGAGAGUUGAAUGGACAGACUGGAGAGUUGAAUGGACCCGGACAGACUGGAGAGUUGAAUGGACAGACUGGAGAGUUGAAUGGACCCGGACAGACUGGAGAGUUGAAUGGACCCGGACAGACUGGAGAGUUGAAUGGACCCGGACAGACUGGAGAGUUGAAUGGACCCGGACUGACUGGAGAGUUGAAUGGACCCGGACAGACUGGAGAGUUGAAUGGACCCGGACAGACUGGAGAGUUGAAUGGACCCGGACAGACUGGAGAGUUGAAUGGACCCGGACUGACUGGAGAGUUGAAUGGACCCGGACAGACUGGGGAGUUGAAUGGACCCGGACAGACUGGAGAGUUGAAUGGACCCGGACAGACUGGAGAGUUGAAUGGACCCGGACAGACUGGGGAGUUGAAUGGACCCGGACAGACUGGAGGGUUGAAUGGACCCAGACAGACUGGAGAGUUGAAUGGACCCGGACUGACUGGAGAGUUGAAUGGACCCGGACAGACUGGAGAGUUGAAUGGACCCGGACAGACUGGGGAGUUGAAUGGACCCAGACAGACUGGAGAGUUGAAUGGACCCGGACAGACUGGAGAGUUGAAUGGACCCGGACAGACUGGGGAGUUGAAUGGACCCGGACAGACUGGAGGGUUGAAUGGACCCAGACAGACUGGAGAGUUGAAUGGACCCGGACUGACUGGAGAGUUGAAUGGACCCGGACAGACUGGAGAGUUGAAAGGACCCGGACAGACUGGAGAGUUGAAUGGACCCGGACAGACUGGAGAGUUGAAUGGACCCGGACAGACUGGAGAGUUGAAUGGACAGACUGGAGAGUUGAAUGGACCCGGACAGACUGGAGAGUUGAAUGGACCCGGACAGACUGGAGAGUUGAAUGGACAGACUGGAGGGUUGAAUGGACCCGGACAGACUGGAGAGUUGAAUGGACCCGGACAGACUGGAGAGUUGAAUGGACCCGGACAGACUGGAGAGUUGAAUGGACAGACUGGGGAGUUGAAUGGACCUGGACAGACUGGAGAGUUGAAUGGACCCGGACAGACUGGAGAGUUGAAUGGACCCGGACAGACUGGAGAGUUGAAUGGACCCGGACAGACUGGAGAGUUGAAUGGACCCGGACAGACUGGAGAGUUGAAUGGACCCGGACAGACUGGAGAGUUGAAUGGACCCGGACAGACUGGAGAGUUGAAUGGACCCGGACUGACUGGAGAGUUGAAUGGACCCGGACAGACUGGGGAGUUGAAUGGACCCAGACAGACUGGAGAGUUGAAUGGACCCGGACAGCCUGGAGAGUUGAAUGGACCCGGACAGACUGGGGAGUUGAAUGGACCCGGACAGACUGGAGGGUUGAAUGGACCCAGACAGACUGGAGAGUUGAAUGGACCCGGACUGACUGGAGAGUUGAAUGGACCCGGACAGACUGGAGAGUUGAAAGGACCCGGACAGACUGGAGAGUUGAAUGGACCCGGACAGACUGGAGAGUUGAAUGGACCCGGACAGACUGGAGAGUUGAAUGGACCCGGACAGACUGGAGAGUUGAAUGGACAGACUGGAGAGUUGAAUGGACCCGGACAGACUGGAGAGUUGAAUGGACCCGGACAGACUGGAGAGCUGAAUGGACCCGGACAGACUGGAGAGUUGAAUGGACCCGGACAGACUGGAGAGUUGAAUGGACAGACUGGAGAGUUGAAUGGACCCGGACAGACUGGAGAGUUGAAUGGACCCGGACAGACUGGAGGGUUGAAUGGACCCGGACAGACUGGAGGGUUGAAUGGACCCGGACAGACUGGAGAGUUGAAUGGACCCGGACAGACUGGAGAGUUGAAUGGACCCGGACAGACUGGAGAUUUGAAUGGACCCGGACAGACUGGAGAGUUGAAUGGACCCGGACAGACUGGAGAGUUGAAUGGACCCGGACAGACUGGAGAGUUGAAUGGACCCGGACAGACUGGAGAGUUGAAUGGACCCGGACAGACUGGAGAGUUGAAUGGACCCGGACAGACUGGAGAGUUGUGA